UCCCAGUCUUUCUAUGCCUCUCUCUCUUUGUAUCACUCUGUUUUUUUUCCUCCUUUGCCUUUCCUCGGCAUCCCCCCUCUCAGAUAUGGCGUGUGUCGGUGCUGCCUGGGCGCGCGGGGCCUAGCGUGCACACAGAGAGGAGGCCCUUUCCCCCUAUUUGCUGCAUAUUCCUCGGGUGUCUCUUCUCACUGUGCUCUCUGCCACCACUGCUGCUGCUGCCUUUCAGCUCUCCCCCCCCUCCACCCCACUUCCCUGUGCGGGUGUCUGGGGGUUGGGCCCUUUGGGGUGGAGGGAAUCAACAUCGUGCUCCGCCAGGAAGCUGUGCAGAAUUGUCUAUGCCGUGCCCAGGCAUCCAUUGACCAGCUGGCUUUCUUCAUUUCUGUCCGCCUGUACACUGGAGGCCAACAUAGGAUGAAAAUCUGCAAUCAUGAUGCAAGGACUGAAAAACCGAACGAGGAAAGCCCUGGGUUUACGAAAGAGAGACAAAGAACAAGACACAGCGAGCUCACCUGACAAGGGAGGAGCUGGAAGUGGAAAGAAAGGAAGUAAAAAGGCCAAUGGAGCGCCCAAUGGUUUCUAUGGGGAGAUUGACUGGGACAGAUAUGCCUCUCCAGACGUGGAUGAGGAGGGUUUCAGCCUGCGACCUGGUGACAAGGGUGAUGCAGCUUCCAAAGCAAAGCACUUUUUCUCCUCCAGCGACUCAGAGGAAGAUGAAGACAGUAAGAAAAAGUUUAAAAUUAAGAUCAAGCCGCUGGUGUCGGACAGCGCCAGGUGUGUCCCUCCAUCUAUGGAUGAGCUAAAAGCUUCGGUAGGAGGCCUGGCACUCUCGCCGUCUCUGAGGAGGAGUCCGAGACGUAGCCCGGGGCUGAUGAAAAGGAAUUUGUCAUGUGAGGAGAUCAGUAGACCCAGACGCUCCACCCCGACACCAAGUCCUGCCCCUGAGACAGCAAGUGACAGGGUGUCGCAGAAUGUCUCUGCUUUCUUUGGGCUGCCUUCAGAGACCAAAUAUGCCAGAUAUGAUGUAGUCCCAAGUGAUGUAUGGGGAGAAUCAAGACCCUGCUCAGAAUCGCCUUUGAGCAGAAGUUUCCCAACAGGAGCUCCUCCUCCGCUUCCUCCAAAAAACAUUCCAUCAAGAGGUCAUUACAGCUAUGCUUUGGACUCUGCUGCUGAUCUACCCAAUGGAAGGGCAGCUCGCAAUUCUGCCCCCAUCUACCUGAACAUCCUGUCCUCUGCCUCUUACCGAGGCUCCCCAGCCCCUGACCUGGAUGAUGUGUUCGGCCCUGUGGACAGCCCCCGCACAAGCGAGGACACAGUGUCUCCCAGAUGGGUCACGUUCACUGAGGACAGACCUCCGCCCCCUGACGAACCCGCUCCCCCACCGCCACCAGACUCUCCUCCCCCAGACACACCCUCAUCCACCCCCUCCACACCCUGCCUCUCUCCUGGGCCACCGCCAGACGAGCCCCCGCCUUCACCUCCACCUCCAUCAUUUUCUCCUGGGUCACCUCUUCCUUUUAUACCACCUGACUCACCCCCUGACAUUGUGCUUGGACCACCUCCUCCGAAUGAGCCAGCACCUCCCCUGCCUCCUGAUUUCUCCCGCUCUAAUUCACCCCCGGCCUGCCUUAACGAGGAGGCUAUUGAUGAAGAGGUGCUGCAGUUUGCAGCCUACUCUUCUUCCCCUGCCCCCAUCAGCCCUGUGCCUCCUCUGCCAGCGGAGCGGAGGUCCCCACGGGCAGGAAUCACUUCUCCCCUUGUCAUGGGGGGCACAGGAGGGAAGAGGACUCCAGAGGCUGCAUACCUGAGAGAAGAUAUUUCAGACUUUGUGGGCUCACCCAGAGAACUGACACCAAGCUUCAGGGGCACACCACCUCCACUCCCUCCAACCACCUACAGAUCUAUUAUGUCUUCACCAGGGCCCUACUCAGGCAGCAGCCCCUCGUCUCCAGCUCGUCCUGCCACGCCUCAGUCUCGAGGCAGCCCAGUUCCUCCACCUCCUCCUCCUCGACCGUCCUCACGACCAAAGUUGCCCCCAGGGAAACCAAUCACAGACCCGACAGCAGAUUCACAGUGUAUCUAUUGCCUCCAGACUUGGCCCUUCAGUCCCCCAGCUUCGGGCAGCCCUCCACCUUUUGCGCCUCUGGCCAGGGCAGAGAGCUCUUCCUCAAUCUCCUCCAUUACCUCACAGAGUGCAGCAUCCACUCCAACCUUAGGGAGGGACCUCAGCAUGUCUGCCACAGGAUGUUCCAGAGGACCCAGCCCACUUACCAUGGGACCCCAGGACACUCUGCCAGUGGCAGCUGCCUUCACAGAAACCAUCAAUGCCUACUUUAAAGGCGCUGAUCCCAGCAAAUGUGUUGUGAAGAUCACAGGGGAGAUGGUGCUGUCCUUCCCUGCAGGUAUAACCAGACAUUUUGCCAGCCACCCGACCCAACCUGCCCUGACCUUUAAUAUCAGCAACUACAACCGGCUGGAGCAGGUCCUCCCAAAUCCACAGCUGCUGUGUUGUGAUUCUAAACCAGACAGUGUUGACACUAAGGAAUUCUGGGUAAAUAUUCCAAACUUGAUGAGCCAUUUGAAGAAAGUGGCAGAACAGAAGCCUCAGGCGACAUACUACAAUGUGGACAUGAUUAAAUAUCAGGUGUCAGCAGAGGGGAUCCAGUCCACUCCUCUGAAUCUGGCAGUGAGCUGGCGAGGUGAUGCCACCAGCACAGACCUUAGAAUAGACUACAAAUACAACACCGAUGCUAUGGCCGCCCCCAUGCCGCUACACAACAUCACCUUCCUGGUACCUGUGGAUGGGGUCAUAGAAAAACUACAAGCCAUGAUCCCACCUGCGACCUGGAAUCCAGAGCAGCAAACACUACAGUGGAAGAUUCCCAGUCUCUCUCAUAGAUCUGAAAAUGGAGCAUACUCAACUAACAACCAUCUAUGUGGAGCAGGAGUAGGGGCUCUCCUGAGCCGCUUCCAAAUGAUGGAAGGUCCCUGUAAACCCUCCCAGCUGGCGGUCCAGUUCACCAGUGAGGGAAGCACCCUGUCGGGGUGUGACAUCCAGCUGAUAGGGACCGGCUACCGGUUAUCGCUGGUCAAGAAGAGAUUUGCUUCAGGGAAAUAUUUGGCGGAUAAUUAGUGGACCUGUUUGUGAACUUUAACCAAGAGAAUUAAUGGCUUUUGACUGUGAAGAUUAUGGAUACAUCUAAUGUUUGAUGCAUUUGACAUUUUAUCUUUAAUAAUCUUUAGCAACCAUUAGUAAUAAUAAAACACCAGACCAUAACACACAGGUGAUAUUUGACUUUAUAACAUCAUAUUCACUACAUUGACUGCUGCUGAUUUUAUGCAAAUAAAUACAAGAUCGAUACUGUAGAUAGAGUACUUUAUUCAUCCAAAAGGGAAAUUGGAUCAUUAGUUUUGUGUGCUUGGAAAAACUUAUGUGUGUACAUUGAGUUCAGUAUAGGGAAACCUUGAUUCUUUGUGUUUGUUAACAUAUUUGUGAAUUUAUACAGUGAUCCAGCCUUAAUCAUUUCAAUUUAUUUUGUCUUAACUGGUUGUCAUUGUAAAUGCACUGUAAAAAGAUAAUGUCAAUAGAUUAUAUAAUAUUAAAAGAAUCUUAAACAAGGUGGAAAAGAAUUGAAAAUGUAAAAAAAAAAGUAUAGUAUAGGUUUUGCAGUUGUAUUUCAGUAUGUUAUGGGUCACAUGAUAAUAUCUGAUUUACAUGUACACUGCCACCUCAAAUCUGAUUUUCCUUUUAUGUGUGACUGGUCUUUAUUGUUGUCUGAGCAGAAUUUGUUUCUGUUUAGACAAACCUUGCACAUGUCACAGCCCAUUCUGUGAUUAAAGGUGAAGCCUCUUGAGGCAAAUUUGUGAUUUGUGAUAUUGGACUAUACAAAUAAAAAUGGGACUUGACUGGUCAGAUAGUUAAUAGUUAAAAAUGACCUGCAGCACUGGACCAACAUCAGCACACUUAAUCUGAAGGUGGUUUUUACAUGGAAUUAUAUUUGUGCCUCAAUCCUAAUUGGUUGGUGGAUGUUUUUGAGAAUGGAAACAUAUUUUUUGCUAGUACACAAUCUAAAGCUAGUUGCUGAACACAAUGGAGCAUUUAAUGAUUAAAGACCUGGAUAUUUCUCUGAGGAGAGUUUCAAAAAUGUUAAUGAGAAUAGGUAUGAAACCAAAACUGUAUCAAAUCCUUUUGUGCCUGCUUAUCAUUCUAUCAGUGCUUCCCUUCUUUCUUAGCAAUCAAUAAACUUGCGUGCACUCGGAUAAGACAGAAAAUGUGCAGUCUGAACUCACUGUGUACAAUUUCUGAAACUGUGCCACAGAGGGUUUAUUACUGUAUGCUUCAUGUUGCUAAUAGCAAACAUACAAAUAUAUUUGCUGAGCACAAAAUAGAUUUUUAUUUACUUAAAGUAUUAGUUGUGCGAUAAUUUCUCUACAAAGUAAUAAUUUAUGUGCAGUGGUGGAUUGAAGCAGCAAUAUAAUGCCAUAGUGCUACACGUGCAGCCUUUAACACUACUACUGCUGAUGGCAUUUUACCAUUAAUGGGUCAUAUAAGUAGAGAGCUGACACCGUCUGGUAACAAAAUAGUUAUAGCAGUUUGACCUGCUGAAAAACACGUUGGACAAGUGCAAUGCUUAGAUACAUAAAAUUUAUUUGUGGUGGUAUGUGAUUGGUCAGAUUUUGUAACAGUAAGGCAAUAGCUAUGUGAAUAACAGAAGCUGCUACUUUCAGUGCAACAGUAUGGGUAAAUUAUUCUUUUAACGUUGCAGAAUUUAUGUUUAGGCCUUAAGAAGUGAGAUGCACAGAGCCAGAUGUGAUUGUCAUACUGUGGGGCAGGGGAGCUUUAAGUGUCAGAAGAAAGACCUGACCUGGCCUGACCAUUGUAGGAGUCUCCUUUGAUGCAGCUUAAAAACAUGGCCAAUAUCUUCGACCAUGAUCUUUGAUAGAGGACAUGACAGGGAUUGUUGGGGACAUCACAGAGGAGGUUUAUCAAGAAGACAGCACUGUUCAUGUCCCUGUUUUAUUUUCUUUCUUUUCCACCAUGUUGAUGAAAUGUUUUAUCAUUUUCUAAUAGCAAUAUUUAAACACUUAAGUGUACAGAGUGUAUAUUAAAAAAACUAUGUUUCAAAUAUUUCUCUUUGCAUAUGGAUGUGUCUGUGAUUGUCUCGGUUUGUUGAUGUCAGCACUCAUAACGCAUUAGGUUCCAUGUCAUAACACCGCCAUUCUCUUCAUCUGUUGUUUCACAUGUGGGUUUCUUGUACAAAAAAAAAACAUGUUACUGUUGAUGAAAAACUCCAAAGGGUGCCGCAUGAAAUCUGCAUUUCUACAUCACCAGUCUUAUCAAUGCAAUACCACUUUAUCCAUUUCAGUGAGGUCAUGGUGUGUGUGUUAUUGUAUAAUCGUGCUAUGAGAGGAGGCUUUUUUUGCCUCCACUUAAACCUCCCCUAUGUUCUGCUGUUGAUGCACCUUCACAAACUCUUUGUCAAUAAAUCUGACAUUCAGUCAUAUUCCCAUUUCAUGCAGCUAAUAUACUGUAGGUGCUGGACAUUCUCCUGUGUUUGACUUGCACACGAAACACACCUUAAUCAUCAUCUAUAAAACAAUUCAUGGCUUCAUUUCACAUGUAACAUGUAGAUAUGUGUUUGGACAUCACAUUUUAUUUACUGUUUUGAAAUCUUGACUAACAGUUUGAGCCUAGGUGUAAUAUUUAAAAAAUAACAACAACAACAACACAGUUUCUUUGAAUUAAGUGUGUGUGUGUUUUUUAACAAUCAUUAUGUGUUUCUUAUCCUUAUUUUUAAGCAUAUACUUUGUCCUCCAAUAUCAGAGGUUUUCUGUAAGUUUAUCUUUUCUACAACCUUUUGGCUGCGUUCCUUUCACUGCAUUAGACACAGAAUAUGCAAAUAUUUCAUGUAAAUUUCCCAUCCAAAGAUUUUGAAAGGAAAUACAUGAAAAACAUGAUAUAAUGUAAUAUCUGUUUUACAUGGUAAUAAAGAAGAGGAAAUAUGAGACAUUUAUAUCUCCCUCAUUUGUUCAAAGCUAUAAAAGUGUACUACAUGUACAAAUUUGCCAGACUGUAAAAUGACCUAUGUUGCUAUAGAAAUAAAUGACUCAUUCUGA